AUGUCCAGCACUUUAAACUUCAGCUAACUACAGAACAACCUUUUGAAUCAUCAACAUUUCACAUAGGCUUUCUCCACUUCAUAGUUAUAACUAAAUUCAAGUUCAUAGGUGAUUCAAUCAACAAUCAUUUAAAAUUAGAAUGAAAUGAUUGUAGAAAAUGAUUCUCAGAAUAGGGAUCAUAGUUUAAAUGUUUACCCUUAAGCUCAAUAGACAACAAAGCCCUAUUUUGAUAAGGAAUCCCCACAUUUAAUGAUAAGUGUUUACAAAUAACAUCAAUAGUCUAAUUAAAAAACCUAUAUUCUUCAAGAUGACAAAAUCAUAGGGGAAAACUAGAUACAUAAAAAUGAAAUCCAAAUCAUAAGAAGAAAGAAAACUUCAAGAUCAGACGAUAAUAAUUUGGAUUUUGGUCUAGCUUCUGCCGACCCUAACAAUGAUUAUAUCCCUUGCAAAAUAUCAACAGAAUUUGGCUUCAAAUAUUCAAGUAGAAUCACUCCUUAGAUACUAGUGUUUCUUUCUCUCAAGUAGUUAAAUUCUAAAUUUGCUGAAAUGUCUUAAAAUGUUUUCAAACUUAUUCAUUAAUUUAUCAAAGAAAAGCCAAAGUUCUAUAUUCAGGAUUAUGGUACAUCUUUGAAAACUUUAGUGAGAAUUCAUAAAGAUGAUCCACAAAUAAUGAAUGAAAAUAAUCAAUACUUAAUUGGAGCUGAUUUUUACUUUCAUGUUGUUUAGUUAAGCGCUAAUCCUUAAAUUUAAAGUAAAAAGUAGUAAGAAACGGAUACAGAAUAUUUUUUUUAAACUCUUGUUCGAGAACAUAUCAAAGAUAGAGCCAGAAUACAUGGCUUAACCAAAGAAGAAUCAGAGAUAUUUUAAAGUAAAUAAUUUUAAACUAACUUAUUAGAAUGUUUAUAAAAUUAUGUAUCAACAAAGAAAUAGGGAAGAAAAUAAUAUAAUUUAACAAAUUGCAAUCGUCCUUUUCUUAAAAUCCAAUUUGAUACUCCCAUAAUCAAAUAAAUGGCUAUUUUCAUUGCAAGACCUGGAGAAUAACAGAUAUUUAAAAUAGGAAGAUCUUAGGAUUGCGAUAUCAUUGUUAAUAUGAAUACAAUUUCCAGAAAGCAAACAUAAAUCAAAUUUAAUAGAAAUUAAUGGGAAAUAUGCGAUGGAGAAGGAACAAAGCAAUCUGCUAAUGGAACUUGGUAGUCAUUAUAAUAAUUCGAAAAUCCCUUAAAUUCCAUUUAAUAAAAAACACCUCAACCACUAAAAAUAGAAGACAAAAUGGAAAUCAAAAUUAGCGAUAUUAUAUUUAGAUUUGAUAUGGCGAAAUUUGGUAUCUAAAAAAGAUUAAAAUUAAACAAUCACUUAUAUAAAGAACUAACUAGAAUUGAUGACUUUUGA